UAUCAAUAUCCUCCCGCAUCAAUGAGGCGAACAAGCAUAAAUAGAGUCAAUUAUUAGACCGGUUGUUCGCUCAAUAUCCAACAAGCUUGCUUUUACUUUUGCAUUGAUGACACUAGAAGGCGCGUGCUGUUUCGUAACAGCAGCGCAACAAUUAGAACAGCAUGCGGUUCCACUAAAACAAACACGUGUCACGAGUGGAGAGCUUAACGUCAUCGUGCGGGAUAUUCUAAAUCAGUUUCAGUUUUGUUUUCUCUUUUUUUUCAAAUUGAGUUCUAUGUCACCAGUAAAACAAAAAUGCUAUAAAUGUCAGGAUAAAGCGACGUGAAUUUAUGAAGGUGCCUAGGGAUAUUUCCUACAUCUUCAAACUCAAGUACCGUAGUUGUCAUUGUGUGAUGACGUUCGAUCCCAAAUACUUCUCCAACAAUUUUCCCCACCCCAAACCACCCUCUCGGAGUGACGAUUCCAAUUCGCACCGCUCUCUUCGCUGCCGACCCCUUUCAAUCAGUGUUCCAUUAAUUCAAAUCGCACUUUUAUUGGCGUGAAUGCUCAGACUGGUCAUUUUGAGCAUUUAGGUAUGAAGACUGGGCGAAUGGAUAUAUAUUUUUUUCUUUGGUGUAAAUCUCGACUUGCUCGCAAGAUUUUGUUCUUUUCAAAACAUGAAGCGGUAGGUAAUAAAAUCUCAAACUACCUCUCCGGGGAGCAUCAACCGUAGCGAUAAACCAAAACGUCGGCUCCUUCAGGCGGUUCACGCAAAAAUCUUUCCCGAAGGCCGGAAAAAGGCAUUCCGGAUAGCCAAUCACCUUGGUAAUGAAAUCAUUUUUCAUCAACAGGAAAAAGAAAAAAGAGCACUCCCUCCAUUCGGUCAGACCCUCCGGAGUCGGCACUUAAUUUCGGCACAACCCCGGUUAAAGAUGGCUGGCCGCGGGCGGAAAGAAUACGGGCCGCGGUUUAUUUACCCCUGACCUGCAUCUCAGAUUUACUGCCUCUCGUCUAGUAACGUUGAAGUGUAACAAACAGGGGGGUUAAUCCUUUAUUUUCUUCUCCCCCUCUACCUUCUUCCACCUGCUCCCAGAGCGGACGGUUUUCAAGUUAUGUGUUUUGUGGACUUUUUGUUGUUGUUGCUACAAGAAACAGAAGCUGAUGGUGUUUUGGUUUACAUCUAGCCUUUUGUUAUUGUUUAUGUGGGUUUGCUCGGUUGUUGAAGUCGCUUUCAUCUGCAGGAUACUGUACAGCCUGGACAGGUAAAGACCGGCCAAGGAGCCGUCCUUAUUGGAGGCAUCGCGAGGUAGGUUGAUCGUAAAAUUUUACUCAUUUUUAAGCCCGUUAAGGUUGCCGGUAAGAGUUUUCCUCGAUCGGCAACACUGCACCGUUGCUGCUGGAUGCUAAUAUAUUCGGACCACACCCAGGCCAGCACCACAAGCUAGUUAACGCAUUCAAGAAGUCCUCCCAGCAACGGGCGGUGUAUGGACUCAUCUUUCCGAAUAUUAAAUUAUUUGCAUAAAGACGACGCGGCGGACCGCACGGACAGAGGGAUUGCGGAACCACUUGUCGCCGUCCAAUAUUGGCGGGUUCUUUUACGACUACGCAGCGUGCGCGUUACCCUUCAAGGGGUAUUAAAAAAAAGGAUAUGAAGAUUAUAAUGCUACCGAGUCUUGCUUUGUUUCUGGUGCAUGUAGUUACGUUUGAGAAUAAUAAAACUAGUCCUUCAACGUUUAAACCAUGGUUUAAUAGCUGCCAGUGCCACACUGGGACUCUUUCUACAAACUAAAAUGCCUUUUUUUGCCGGUUGCGUUUGAACGUAACCAAUAAAAGUUCUAGUGUUGGAUUAAACAGACAGUUUCAUGACGGACGGUAAUAUCCGUAGGUAUUUUUGUGACGGUAUUUUAGUCCACUGUGUCCAAUGAAGGAUAAAACUAUCGCCACCAUCUGUGACCUGGUUUUUAUUUCGCGCCAGAACCGGUGUGGUAAAGGAAUACAUUUUUUUUAUGAAAUUAUUUUCAGAGUAGUAAACUUAACUCCAUCAAUCGUACUGGGCGAAAUAUUUCGAAAUUAAUGAAGGUUGUUUUAGUUCCACACUGAGUGGAACGCGUUCAUUGGGGAAAUUAUCCAAAUGCACUCGCCGGCAAAUGGAUGCGUUUAUGGAUUAUGACUCGUUUACGGUGAUGUCCAUUUCUAUCGGUUCCGCUUUCUGCAGGAAGGUACUACCAAACAGUGUAACGCCAUCUAUCGCUAUGGGAAAGAUUUUUAUAGCAUUUUUUUAUCAUCUUUCUACCUUCCCCGAUGGCGCGCCAUCUUUUCUGCCUUCCAGCCUGAAGGUGUGGUCGAUUGGUCGUUUUUGUUUCAUUUUUAUAUCGACAGUGUGCCACCGAAAUCUUCAACAAAACGCGGUGAAACCGUCAUUACCGCUUUUACGACCGAUAAAUGAUCCAGCAAUCGUUCGACCACCGCAGGGACCAUAGACCGGUCAAACCCUUCCGGCCCCGGGCUGGUGUACGGAAGGGUUAACCGUAGACCUUCUCAAUCAAACUGUAAAGGGAAGCUAUUAUUCGCCGCGUGUUAUUUUGCUGCUCGCACGUCUAAGCGCACCACGUCCUUUCUUGUGCGGAAGGCACCCGGAUGCAGUUUUUUUAUGGGCACUCCCGAACAAAGCGAAUUGACACAUAAAUGGAACGUCGUUGAGAUGGUUGUUUCACUUUUUUUUGUAUCCUGAAUUCAUUAUCCGUAAGAAAACCAUGAUCCUUUCACUGACCAGGCAGAAGAUUAUUGUAGGGACGAGGAAAAGGAAAAUGAACGAGAGAAAAACCAAACGAUAAAGAAAGGAAAAGAACGGCCGAAAAGUAAACAAUGGUAAAAAUGUUGAAUGAGUAAAACUUUACGACUUUCAAACAGUGCCAAAAUGUUAAUGUGAACAAAAUGGCUCUAAGCAAACGGGAAAAACGAUGAAAAAUAAAUACACGCAACGCAAAAGAAACGCAGAAAAAAAACCAAAAAAAAUCGUAUAAAAUAUGGCACAAAAGGUAACGAAAAAGUGAACGCAAACAAACGCAACUGGUUAGAUGCAUGAGACGCAAAAGCAUAAUAGUGCGGGUUAAGUAAUAAAAUGAAAAAAAUAAUAUGAGAAAAAUGGUUCUUGAAGAAGGAUUUAGUAGCAGCAGGUAUACGGGGAACGUCCCUACAGAAGAUAACACAGUAGUAGUGAUAAUAGUAGCAAUAAAAAUGCAACCAGUGACAGAGUAACGAAAAAAAAGAGAAGGAAAACACAAAUGCUACAAAGAUACUGGCUAAAGAAAUAAUAAUGAAAAAAAUGAAGAAGAUAAAACCAGAUAGACAAUAAUAAAAACCGGAACAAAAGCAAAGUAAACGAAAAAAAAUCGUAAAAAAUUAAACUGGCAGCAGUGCCAUCUACCGCGCGAAAAUAGCUCAACAUGAGGAUGAGAAGACGACUGCGUGUUUGGUGUCCGUGCGCGUGUCAGAAUAAUGUAUUUAUUUUAUUGUGUUAGAAAAAGGGGUAACGACAAAAUUUCUGCGAUAAAUUUCAUUUUACUAAUGAUGAUUGUACUUGUACGUUGGCCGAAUGCAAAGAAAUGUGAUUCACUGCUUGUGUUCUACUGGAACUAUGCAGUUUUUGACGCUCUUGCCUUUCUAAAAAACUGGAGAAAAUGUUUUUAAUUACACAUCAGCUAUCAGUAGAAUUCCUUUGCUUCAGAAAGUUGCCGAAUUGACGCAAACGAACGAUAAGAAUAAAUAUACAGGACGUAAUGAUAACGAUACCGAAUCUCACAUUAGUUAUUGAGCGAGAUGUGCCCACAGAGUAAGAGUAAAUGAGUGAAGUGAUAAAUUUCGAGAAAGAGUAGGAAGGGUAUUGCCUCGUUUUUGGACUUGAAUAUUGAGGAAUGGUGAGUAAAUUAUGAUCAUUGUACGCACCAUCGAUGUUCAAAAACCAGCGAAACAGGUUUUGCUAUGCAAAUAAGUACGUAUGUUUGUCGUUGUUAGUCACUAGUACCACCAUCCUUAGUCAUGUUGUUACCUAACCAGUUUUAAAUACUGGGCAAAGAGAUGCGUCCCUAGGCUGUAGGUGAAACGUUUAAGCUACCAAGCUACGAUCCUGCCCUUCGUUCUCAAAAAUCUUUAACAAUUUCUUCCAAAAUCCUACGGUUUUGUUCUAUAUGUUCAAUUACCUCCUGUUAGCGUUUUUGUUUUCUACCUUUUUUUAGUUAUGUUUUUUCAGCUUUUGUCCACUUGUUUUGAGAAUAUUUAAAAUUUGUGAUACAGGGAUUUUUCUAUUCAGUUUUGGCUAGCCGCACACUUUUUCCUGUUCUGCGCACUUGAUUUUCAGUAAGCGGCAUGUUUUUAUGCCUACCCGUGGCUAGCCAAAACUGUAUAGAAACCCUGUAAUAGCAAUGAUUUCGUUAUCACGUUCGUCGUUUGGUACCAUUCGUGUUAGUCGGUUCGGUUUGGUUGAGGUUUCUAAUCCCGAUUCGAUCGUACAUUUGAAGCGCUCUUCGCUCAACGCGCUCAUCGUUCUCACUCAUAUUGAUACAAAAAACUGAUAGAGUGUUAGAAUCGUUGUUACUAUCUUCGGUUAUAUAUAAGCAGUCACAGGCAUUUUUUCGGCAGUUUCAUGAAUAUUGUUGUCCGGUUCGGUUCUAAGUGGCGUCGACGGCGCCGUACCUUAUAAAUAAAAAUGCAGGGAGGUGGAUCUUACAUACGCGUAGACCUGGAAGAGGUUAAGCCUCAAGACCAAUCCGUAACAUCAGAGGAAAAGGAAAGGAAAUUGUUACCACACGAACGAAAAAAAAUUCGGACGACCAUCGAGCACCAGUUCAAGGCCGUUAUUAGCAUCACUCCACCGACUAGUGAUAGUUUGGCAGAGUUUGAUAGGCUUCUAGCAGAUGAUCAGUUGAAACAGCUGGAACGUUUGAUGACGGAAUUGGAGCUUAAGAACACUCCAAACCGGAUACUGGAACCGAAAAGCUUCCUUCACAAUGCACGCCUUCAACCGCUGUUGGUACAAAUGCUGGAAGAUAUUGCCCAAUAUCGUGCCUACUUGGAGCGCUUUAUUAUUCGGUUCGGAGCGGAAAAUGAGUAUACCGCACCGAAACAAAAUCCACAAUCAGUCAAGAAGAAACUUAUUACUCGCAUAUAUUAUGCUCUUUGUCAACUUGUCAGAUGCUUUAGCGACUGCCUGCAAACCAACCUCAAUAGAGUAGUGAAUAUGCGCAACAAUCAACAUGAGAUACAUUUGGGGAAUGAUUCCAAACAGAGUGAUACUACAGCGAAUAAAAAAACACAAUCAAAGUCAGAUACGUUCAUACCCAGUGCUCCAAUACAUUAUGCCGUUCUUCAAUUGAACGGAGACUUUCUCGACUGGCUACUAGCCCGCGAUAAUACAGAUGUGAAUCUGACCAACAAUUGCAAACAAACAGCCCUUACGAUGCUGUGCCAAAAAUAUGACCAGUGCAUGCGCAAAUCGAUACAAGCAUGUCCCCCGGACGAAAAACAAAAAACGCUCGGAGAGAUUCGAACGCUCAUCAAACAGUUGCUAGAGAAAGGAGCGGACUUUAACAUCUGCAGCAUCUAUAUGAAGCUACCAUUCGAACUGCUGCUCCAACAUUGUGUACACGACGAAACGCGCUCAUUCGUCAAACAGUGCUUGCAGGUAACGCGGCGUGCACUGGCCAUAUGCAGGAUUAACGAGCGCAACGAGCGUGUGGUUGGAUUCUACAAUAACAACCCCAACGUGUGUGUCACUGUGGAGCUGCUGGAAAUCUUUCUGCGCUAUAACGACUGCAGCAAUUUUGCCAAAUAUCUGGCACAUUUCGAAGUAAACGAAGCGAACGUAAAGAAAGUGAUAAGGCUGCUGUUGCAUACGGCUUGCGACCAGAAGUUAUCCGAGUGUUUGAGGUUAGUUUUAGAUCGCGGCGAGAAACACAUCUUCAAGGUAACCCAGCGCAAACCUACACGGGUUGCAGCAGAGCAGGUACAGAAAGGUUCUGAGCUUGAGCAUCGUGUGGAGUUGAAAGGUUUGCUGAAGAAGGUCUGCCUGAUGGCGGAUCUGCCCCUGUUGCGUCGACUUUUGGCGAAGAUAUCCGAUUUGAUUGUGUUGAAUGAUGAUCCGCUACUGGGGUUAACGCUUACUAAAGCAUACAAUUGCAACCACCGUAUUGAGGAGCGGAAUGCGCUGCUGGCUUGCGCAGAGUACUUGUUGAACCAUAAAUUGAUAUACAAGACCAAACAGGAUAACUAUGGCAAUACACCAUUACAUCUCGCAUUCAACUAUGGAUUCGAUUCGAUAGCCCAAGUACUGUUGACAAAACGUUACACCUAUCUGGGAACGUGCAACAAAAACAACCAAACACCACUCGACUGCGCUAAGUACGAAUUCUGGAGAAAGUAUCUCGACCAAAGUAUCGUGGCUGAAACGAAAGGUUCUCAACGUAUCGAAGAGAUAUGGUUCAACCUGAACGGUUUCUCCCCACCAUUGAAAUACAACUCGGACGGUACAAUUUCAUCCCGAAGUCCACGAGGACAACAUCGCAGCUGGAAGUUUAUACAGCCUGUAAAUGAAACGUUUACCCAACCCCAAACGUUCACCAGUACCGUCACAGAAAUGACGGCCCUGCGACAGAUCGCCCAAUCGAACGAACUGAAGCGUUUGCUGCUUCAUCCCGUCCUGUACACCUUCAUUAUGGUAAAGUGGACACGGUUAUGCCAUUGGAACUACCUGAAUUUGCUCUUAACGGCUCUAACGAUAGUGUUCUUUGGCUAUUACUCACUAACCGCUUGUUCAGCCGAAGGUCCUAGCACCUUGCUGUUGAUUUUAAGCAUCUUCGGAGUCGUGUUUGUCGUCAUACGUGAGCUAUUACAGUUUUUGUUUCUGCGCCGGUCGUACAUUUCAUUCGAGAAUGUGCUCGACAUAAUAAGAGCCAUAGCGAUGGCAGUGGCAUUAGUAAUCGGUUGCCAUGGACUGUUGUCAUCCUUCGUAAUCAUUCAUUUCAUCAUAGAGUUACUUUAUUUGUUGGGAUCACUGCAGUCGAACAGUCUCGCCACGAUUAUACACAUGUUUGGAACGGUUUCGAAAAAUUUUCUCAAGAGCUUCCUACUCUUUAUGCCACUGAUCGGUACAUUCAUCUAUGCGUUCCAUCUCACUUACAACCAGUCACCAGAUCAGGUGUGCGUUAAAGAUGAUUGCGCGCAGGACAGCUUCAAUAAUUUCCGCACAUUCUGGAACGCCACCGUGAAGACGCUGGUGAUGACGACCGGCGAGUUUGAUGCGGCAUCCAUUAAUUUUGAAGGUGGCAAGAUGUUGCUGUUUAUACUGUUUAUGUUUUACGCACCGAUCGUUAUCCUUAACUUGAUCAACGGUCUCGCGGUUAGUGAUAUUGCCGCCAUUCGGGAGGAGUCGGAGCUGAUCAGCAUCAGUAAGAAGGUGUUGCUGCUCGAGCAGUACGAACGAGGCGUCGCCAAUGUGUACCCAGCUUGGCUGAAGCGGUUCUUUCCGAAGCCAUUUUUCUCCGAGUAUCAGAGCCGCAUACACGUGAAGACGAAAGAGUACUGCAAAAUAGUGGUACACACUAAAGGGAACCCAAACCAACCGAAAAAGGAUGCCCCUGGGUCUAAAGCUCCACCGAAUAAUGCUCAAAGUGCUGUCAAGAGUCAACAGCAUAAGUCAUCAGAAUCUCCCGACUCGAAAACUUCCGAAGAAAACUCUACAAAGCGGCUCCCAAAGCAACCGACAAAGGGUGCCUCGGGUUCUAAAGACCCACCGAAUAGUGGUCAAGGUGAUGUCGAGAGUCAGCAGCAUGAGUCAUCAGAAUCUUUCGGCUCGAAAACUCCCGAAGAAAACUCUACAAAGCGACACCCAAAACAACCAACAAAGGAUGCCUCGGAGUCUAAAGCUCCAUCGAAUAGUGGUCAAGGUGAUGUCGAGAGUCAGCAGCAUGAGUCAUCAGAAUCUUUCGGCUCGAAAACUCCCGAAGAAAACUCUACAAAGCGACACCCAAAACAACCAACAAAGGAUGCCUCGGAGUCUAAAGCUCCAUCGAAUAGUGGUCAAGGUGAUGUCGAGAGUCAGCAGCAUGAGUCAUCAGAAUCUUUCGGCUCGAAAACUCCCGAAGAAAACUCUACAAAGCGACACCCAAAACAACCAACAAAGGAUGCCUCGGAGUCUAAAGCUCCAUCGAAUAGUGGUCAAGGUGAUGUCGAGAGUCAGCAGCAUGAGUCAUCAGAAUCUUUCGGCUCGAAAACUCCCGAAGAAAACUCUACAAAGCGGCUCCCAAAGCAACCGACAAAGGGUGCCUCGGGAUCUAAAGAUCCACCGAAUAGUGGUCAAGGUGAUGUCGAGAGUCAGCAGCAUGAGUCAUCAGAAUCUUUCGGCUCGAAAACUCCCGAAGAAAACUCUACAAAGCGACACCCAAAACAACCAACAAAGGAUGCCUCGGAGUCUAAAGCUCCAUCGAAUAGUGGUCAAGGUGAUGUCGAGAGUCAACAGCAUGAGUCAUCAGAAUCUUUCGGCUCGAAAACUCCCGAAGAAAACUCUACAAAGCGACACUCAAAACAACCAACAAAGGAUGCCUCGGAGUCUAAAGCUCCAUCGAAUAGUGGUCAAGGUGAUGUCGAGAGUCAGCAGCAUGAGUCAUCAGAAUCUUUCGGCUCGAAAACUCCCGAAGAAAACUCUACAAAGCGACACUCAAAACAACCAACAAAGGAUGCCUCGGAGUCUAAAGCUCCAUCGAAUAGUGGUCAAGGUGAUGUCGAGAGUCAGCAGCAUGAGUCAUCAGAAUCUUUCGGCUCGAAAACUCCCGAAGAAAACUCUACAAAGCGGCUCCCAAAGCAACCGACAAAGGGUGCCUCGGGAUCUAAAGAUCCACCGAAUAGUGGUCAAGGUGAUGUCGAGAGUCAGCAGCAUGAGUCAUCAAAAUCUUUCGGCUCGAAAACUCCCGAAGAAAACUCUACAAAGCGACACCCAAAACAACCAACAAAGGAUGCCUCGGAGUCUAAAGCUCCAUCGAAUAGUGGUCAAGGUGAUGUCGAGAGUCAGCAGCAUGAGUCAUCAGAAUCUUUCGGCUCGAAAACUCCCGAAGAAAACUCUACAAAGCGGCUCCCAAAGCAACCGACAAAGGGUGCCUCGGGUUCUAAAGCUCCAUCGAAUAGUAGUCAAGAUGCUGUCGAAAAUCAGCAGCCUGAGCCAUCACAAUCUCCCAACUCGACAACUCCCAAGGAAAACUCUACAAAGCGAAAAGCGCAGAAAAGGCUAUUUUCAAAGUUUCCCUGGCUAUUGUCGAGUAAGUCUUGUAAUUAUCUUAUUGAUGUGCACUUCUACCGCUUUGCACUAUUUGUGCGUCUGGACCAGUCGAUGGUAGACAAAGCAUUAGCAAUAAUCGAAAAGCAGCACUCAAAUUACACCUACCAAGCAGCGCCCUGCAACCCAAGGUAAAAAUUAUGCAAAUAAUGAUUGUGAAGAUGCAGCAGAAAACGGUGCUAGACUUACUUAGAAGCAAUGAGCAUCGGGAAACGUGAAAAGAGAGACAGCUAGCCCGCAAUAAUAGAUUUUUAAUAAAUAAUUAGUAAUACUAAUACAACAA